CGCGCCGAGCCCGUGCGACAGCCGCGGCGGGGCGGAGCGGGGCGGGGCCGCGCUGCUUUGCGGCCGCAGGAAGGGGCCGGGGCGCGGGGCCCGCGUGCGCAGCGCGGUGGAGGCGCCAUGAAGCGGCCGCGGCUGCGGAAGGCGAGCAAGCGGCUGAGCUGCCACAAGCGGUACAAGAUCCAGAAGAAGAUCCGGGAGCACCACCGCAAAGUCAGGAGGGAGGCCAAGAAGCGUGGGCGCAAGAAGCCCAAGAAGGACCCCAGCGUGCCCGGCGCGGCGCCGUUCAAGGAGGCGCUCCUGCGGGAAGCAGAGCAGAGGAGGCAGAGGCUUGAAGAACUACAACAAAAGCAGAAGCUUGACAGACAGAAAGAACUUGAAAAGAGGAGGAAGCUUGAUGCUAAAAAGAAUGCAGCCAAAAUUGAGGAACAGACAGAGGGAACGGAACCUACCAAAUCUGAAGCAAAUACUAAGGAAGUGCUGCAUAAAAAAUCAAAGAAAUCACUUCACAGUGAGCUUGAGAAGGUGAUAGAAGCCUCAGAUGUGAUUCUGGAGGUUUUGGAUGCAAGAGAUCCAAUGGGCUGUCGCUGUCCCCAGCUGGAGCAAGCUAUUACUUGCUCUGGAGGAGACAAAAAGCUAGUGUUGGUUCUGAACAAAAUUGAUUUAGUACCUAAGGAGAACUUGGAGAAAUGGUUGGAUUGUUUGAAGAAGGAAUUUCCAACAGUUGCUUUUAAAUCAUCAACCUUGACGACAGACAGGACUAUGCGGGAGCAUUUCUCAAGAAAAAGGGCACGUAUUGAUUUAUCAAGAAACACUGAAUGUUUUGGAAGCGAAUGCCUUUUGAAACUUCUUCAAGAGCACUGCAGGACUCAAGACAAAGCUAUUCAGGUUGGGUUAGUAGGUUUCCCUAACGUGGGGAAGAGCAGCAUAAUCAACAGUAUUAAAAAAAAUCGUGUUUGCAACGCUGGACUAGGAAGAGGUCUUACCAAGUGCAUGCAAGUUGUGCGUAUUGAUAAAAAGAUGAAGAUGUUGGACAGUCCAAGUAUAGUUGCAGAUCGUGCCAACAGCACCCUAACUCUGGCCCUGAGAAGUAUCAUAGAUGAUGGAAGAUCAGGCUCAAUAGAUGUGGUUGAAGCGGUGGAUGCAGUUCUAAAUCACUGCAGUAAACAGCAGGUAAUGAUGUUCUAUAGUAUCCCGGAUUUCAGGAACACUGAAGAGUUUUUAACUUUACUUGCUCAGAAAAGGGGUAUGCUGAAAAAGGGAGGUGUUCCUGACAUAGAGAAUAUAGCCAAAUUACUACUUUCUGACUGGACAGGAGCUAAAAUAAGCUACCAUUCACAACCUCCUGGAUCUCAGAUGCUACCACCCUACCUUACAGAAGACAAAAUAGCUGAAAUGCAGAAGGGUUUUAAUUUAAAGAAGCUAGAAGAAGAAAACAACACUACUGUUCAAGCUUUAAAAUACCCUAGUCCAGCAAGCAGCAUUGUCUUCCAGUCAGCUGGCAUGACAAAUGGGAAAAUACAGGAAAAUAAAGUGGUAGGGGAAGCAUCACAGUGGGAGAGUCUGGAAACAAGUGAGGAAGAAGAGGAAGAUGAUUUCAUGGAAACUGAUGAGCAAGAUAGCAUGGCAGAGGAAGAAGAAGAAGAAGAAGAGGAUGUGAAAGAGGAAAGCAAAAUUGGGAUGACCAGGAAAGCAGAGCUUGGAAAACAACAAGCAAGACAAGCAACUUCAGAAAACAAGCUAGCAGAAAGUGGAUGCGACAGUUCACUAUCACUCAGCUUGGACAAGUCAGCAGGUGAAGACGAUGCCUAUGAUUUUAAUACAGACUAUGUGUAAUGAGAUGCCCAAAGAUGGGGCUUGAGACUAUUACUGGCCUUCAGACCAGUCAAACACUUCUGUUACAGAAGUUAUAGGAAUGCCUCAUAGCAGAGCUGCAAACAUUCACAAUUACUGUGUCAAACAAUGUAGAUAAUGCUGUGUAUCUCUAGAUAAUUCCAGAUUUUGUAUAGUUCCAGAAAGCUGACCUUUAAGCUGUAUACUUUUAAUUCCUGUUAAAAAGACUUUGAAAAAAAAAAAAAGACUGUGUUAGUCCAUUCUUUGUGCCUCAUAAAGAGAUCUUUCAAAAAGAUAAAUCCCACGUUGCUUUCUUUUAAAAAUGUGACCAUAGUUUUUCAGCAAUUAAAUUUUAGGGCAAGCUUU